CGCGGGGCCCCGGCCGCGGGAGGCGGUGCCUCUCGGGGAGGCGGGCCGGGCCGGCCGGCGCUGCCUUCCGGGGCUCGGCACGGCGGCGGCCGGAGCCGGGCACGAUGCGCUCCGCCGCCUCGCUGUUGCUGUUCUCGGCCUGCUUGCUGCUGCCGUUGUUGUUGCCGGCCGCGCCCGGCGCCCGCGGCAGCCAGGAGCCGGCGGCAGGCCCGGCGGUGGUGAACGGCAGCCGCCUGCCCGCCGAGCCGGCCGGCGCGCCCGGCAACCACAGCGGGGCCCAGCUCAGCCCCAUGCCCACGCUGCUCCGCGACCUCUCCGCGCUGAAGGCCGCCGUCAUCGGGGCCUGCGCCCUCACGGCCGCCCUCAUCGCCUGCCUCCUGCUCCGCGUCUUCAGGUCUGGCAAGAGGAUUAAGAAGACCAGGAAGUACGACAUAAUCACCACUCCAGCCGAGCGGGUAGAAAUGGCUCCUCUGAAUGAAGAAGAUGAUGAGGACGAAGACUCAACAGUGUUUGAUGUGAAAUACAGGUAAAACAGCACCCUGGAGCAUUGGUGCCCUGCAAGAUGUCAUUCUGCUGUCGAGGGACCUGCUGAAGCCGUAACUGUGAAAGGGGAGGCUUUCAUCUCUGCAGCGUUACAACCAAACCAAGCCUCACCUCCUCGAGGUGCUGUUUGUACAGCAGGCUAUGGAUCUUCUGACCAAAAUGUCACCAUUCAGUUCCCUGGUUUCCAAACUGCUGUGUUGGAAUGACCAGAGUUCCUCUUUGCAAACUCAGCUCUCUCUUGCUUUAGGAGGGCUGCAGUGUCACUAAAGCAUGACAAGAUGCAGCCCUGUGUACUGACUUGCAGCUCAUGAUGGUCUAAGUUUUGCAGAAGGAAUAAGACAAGGAAGAUUGAACCAAGCUGCCCCAAGGGCUUAUUUUCUAAAAUCCUAAUUCAGUACUUCAGUCACUGUUAAACUUUGGUCAUUGUUAAACAGAUCAUGUGUUUAAAAAAAAAUAAUCAAGAAGUGUAUUUUUUGGGCCUUACAGAGGUGACUUACAACUUUAGGUGGUAAAAAUGUAAGCCAUGCUGAAAUGCCAUGCUGUAUGUUUAGUGUAGAAUCUUUGGGCGGAGGGGGUGAGAGGUUGACUCAUGUAGAAAACUUUCUUGACUUGCUACUGACUUUUAAAAAAAAAAACCACAAUUGCACUAAGCUUUCAUAAUGACAUUCUCAUUGUCCCAAGGAGCUCUGAUCAGACCAACUUGAAUAAAUGAGACCACAGGGAAAUAGGAAGAAUCAGGCAUGCCCUAAACUACAACAAUCUUGGAUUAAAGAAGAUAUAUUUUUGUAAUUUUCUGCCCUUCCACAGGGAGUAAAAACAGUGUUUUGUACUGUCCUGUGCUUACUGUAACUUGUCUACAAUUCAUCUAUAUUACCUUUUUUCUAAGCAAAGUAAGUCCUCAUGUGGAAUGAUUGGAUUGCAGAAAGAACACCUCUUAUUUGUCAUGGAAGCUUCAUGUAAGUGAUCUUAAUCUGUAUCAAACUGGAAGUUUUCUCCUACCACCUGCUUGACAAAUCCCAUUUAACUCAAGGAUGCAUUUUUAACCAUCGCUCCCUGCUCUGCGCUGCAGAGGUCAGAGCUGUGGGAUGACACUAUGAGAAUUAGAUUGCUGCAUCUGGAUGAAUUGGGUUUAGGAGACCGCAAGCAUGUACACUUUCCAGGCCAUCGUUAGAAAGAGCAAACCUAACUGGUUUAGUUUCUUUACUUUGUGGUUUUCCUUUAAAGUAACCACAGAUAGAUGCAGUUCAGACUUCUCUGACAUGUUUAUUCUCUUACUGCAUCCCUGAACACCUUUUAUUUUGGGUUUUUAAGCUGGCUGGAACCUUGCUUUUCUUGGGGAAUGCAUAUUUUCCAAUUGUUUUAGGAUUGUCCCACUGUUUGUUUGACCCUCUACUAGCCUCCUGCAGUUACAACCCCUCAAGGAGACUGCAGAGUAUCUGGCAAAGCACCAUCCUUGCAGCAAGCUGCCAGUUUUGGGGUGGUUGUUUUUUUUUGAAGGCCAAUUGGGAUUUGAGGUUUGCUGAGAACACUGAACUGCCAUGUCAUGAUAUUAUGACCUGUGCCAGUUCUGCACGGUUCCCUUGGGUCCUGCAGUUAGUAAAAGGAGGUGAAGGGGUUUUUUUUCUCUUUUUCCUUUCCAGCAGCCUUGCACUUCCAUCAAAGAAGCUCCCAUAACACAGCUUGCUUUCCCUAGCCGUGACUCAGCAAAGGCUUUGCAAACAGCCUACUCUGCCUGGAUGGAAAAAUCCCACAGCAGACUGUUGUGUUAAUAUUAGUCAUCAAGGCAAUAUAAAAAUGCUAUGGUAUUUUCAUUCAUGGAAUGAAUUUGAGUCAUUCUGUAUUACCGUUAAUAAGCAAUAUUUAAUGUGUCAGCUGCGAGGUGAGGAUGAUGCCGAGCGGGUUGCGUCCUGGCUGGUAGGAAUCGCAGGGACCAGUAAGUUGAAUGAUGUGGGUUGAGAUAAGAUCUAGAGCUUUUUCCACACCUAGGUAAAACAGGUUUCAGACUUAGGCUGGAUAAUUCUGAAGGAAAUAAUACUGUGUCUCUUCAGGACUAAAGUACUUUGAAGACAGGGAAUUGAACUUCUUAGGCAGACCAAGUCAUUUUGAAGUCAGAGAAGCAGUGAUGCUGAGAGGAGAGAGGGAGGUUAAAAGCUUCUGUUUGCAUUUGCAGGAGGCAGCAAUGGAGUGAAGUGGCUGCCCUGUCUGAGCAGGCACCAUGGCAACAUGUUCACGUCCACUCUUCUGCCAAACUCAUUAAACUGAGCAUCAGGCAUGCUGGAAGAGUGGUAGAGAGGGAAUAAAACCUUCUCUGCGCACAAAAGAAAGGUGAGACAAAGUUACAUAGGAGAAACAUGAGAGGGAAAGGUGGAUAAAGGACACUUUUCCUAAAAGUUCCCACCGUUUCCAUAAUGCGGCCAAAUCUCAGUGGUGGACAGGGACCAGGUAUUUAAGAUGUUGAAGAUGGAGGUGGCAAACUGCCACUGGGAUGCUCUGGCUCCUCAAGGAGGUCCCAAACCAUGUGCCAUAAGAAAUAUUUAUAGCGAAGCAGCAGCUGCUUGUUGGAAAUAAAAGGCUAACCUCACCUGUUGCUCAUGGUCAUGAAAAUAACCUUAAUGCUUUGUUUGAUACUCAAUUGCUGUUGCAAAUGUGAGGCAAUGUUUACCUCUACAGAAGUUGCUGUAUGUGAUUUAAAGUGUCUGUUUAAAUAUUCCAUAGCUAUAUUUAGUUAAGAUUUUAAGAGCACUUGACGUGACUCAUCUAAUAGUAUAUAUAUGAAUAUUUUUUUAAUGGUAGGAAUUAGUUUAAAACAUAGUUUUAAUAAUUUGGACUGUUUGGUUCAGGUAGUUCUAGGAGUUGAUUGGAAAAGAAAUAGCCAUUAACCACUACAUGAAUGUUUUACCUUAAUGUUCUCUGUAUCUUACACUGCAGAUUUAAUCUCAUUGUGACUGUAACUUGUCUCCGUAUCUGCUGCUAUUUUGUGUUGCAUAGUCAAACUUGCUUUGUUCAAGAGCAUUUUUAAAGGCGUAUUUUUUUGUUACAGAAAAUGAAAAGAGAAACAUUAUUACAGAUGUCUGCCUGUAGCUCACUCACUGCUUACAAAAUCCACUGACUGGUAGCAGAGUCAAACAGAGCAAGCAAAAUAGAGGCUUUCCUAUUUGUGCAUGCUGUGCUGCGGAGGAAAAAGCCCUGCACAGAAUUGCAGCUUCUUACUCCAACCACAGCCCUGUCACUGGAGAUUACAUUUGAGAUGCUAGAAGUUGGUGUGCCAUGCUUGCCUGCAGAAUUAACUUAGAACUGCACAGAUAGAUUUGUAUUUGGGUUUUUUUUUUUUUUGGGGGGGGGGUGGGGGGGGUGGGGCAGGGGGAGGAAGUUGGUGCGUUUUCCCCUUGGAAGAUGUGAAGAUGACUGCAAACACUUAUUUAGCACACCAACUUGUGCUAUUCUAAUGCUUAUCCUAAGCCCAAACUGAUUUGUAGAAGUCUACAAGCACCAAUGCAUUUGAACAUUUUGUUCGUACUGUUCCCUCCAAUUCAGCGUAUGUGAUAUAAUCUCUGCAGGGUGGCAGCAUAGGGUUUUCCUUCUUGGAUGGAUUUCUGCUGCUGCAGUUUUUUUGUGUGAGGAGUUAUCAGGACUAUGCGUUUUGUUUUGUGCAAUUGCUUGAACUUUGUUUAAAUGUGUUUAAGAGAAUAUGUCAUUGUGACCAAAGCUUCAUUUUAAGAAAAAAAUGGGUAAGACUAGUUUGAAUGGACUUUCUUUCAGCAGAAACUGCCAUCAUUAAACAUGUUCUUGAAAUC